GCUCGACCGACCAACCGGACCGACCUUCUCGACUGGAUCUGACUGACUGUAUGGUUAGAAUGGUUGCACUGUGCUUGCGGCGAGCGCGUGCUUCAGAGGCGUACUUAAGUAACGUAAACUUUAACCUAAAUAUCUCGUAGUGUGGUUAUUAUUACUUGUAUUUAUCAAUUUCAUCAGUGACUUAAUAUUAAUUAAUUAAUGUCCAUUGUUAAACUGUGCAGUGUCGAUACUUUUAGUGUAGUGAAGUGUUAUGCAGUUUUUUGCAUGAAAUAAACAUAACAUCACGUAUGUGGCAUAAUUUAUUCGGAUAACAAAUGAAGGUCACUUUUGUGUUUACGUUUUGUACAAAUACUCAGAUAUGGUGUAUGUGCUGAGGCGGAUUUAAACUAAUCAUCAAUCUAAAAAUGGAUGAAGAAAACGUUUUACAAGAAAUGGCUGCCUUCGAUUUAAGUAAGCCAUUUAGUGUAACAAUAAUAUGCGAUGAUGACGAAGACCAGAAUAAAUUACGUAAAAUACGUAAGAAAGAAAACAGUAAUAAUCACGACACUUCUUGCACUUCGACAGGCUCAAACAAAGAAAUUGAUCAUACAUCCAACAUUAAAAACCCUGACAUUGAUGAACCUCAAAGCAACAAUAACAAUUUAAACAAAAUUGAAACGAAAGACGCAACAGUAGCACCUUUAAAAAAUAAUAAGAAUAACAAAGAUUCCAACAAUUAUAUCGAUGACCUUUUAACAAAACUUUCCGAGUCAUUACUACAUAUAUUAGAAGCCUAUUUUAAUCAUAUUUCCAACGUACAUCUUUACAAUAUUAAUGAUUAUAGACUGCAAGAUUCAAAAAGACGUUUCAAUUGCAUAAAACAUCAUUUCUUUCAACUUUCGUACUGUACAACUAAUGUAAUAAUUUUAUCAAGAGAAAACGAUACAAAAUUCACUGAUAAUUUUUUGGAUAGUACCAUGAAACUAGCUAAACAAAAAAAUAUGAAAAUAUCAGUUCAACAAAUACAGCCUCUUUAUUAUGAAUUGAUAUCCUGGGUGAAACAGGUGAAAAAAAUGCAGACUUUACCAAUAAACCCAGUGAUUCCAAAUUAUAAUAAUUCAUCUGAAUUGCGCAAAUACUUAGCCCGCCCACCAGUAUCAUCAGCUAUGCCCGAUUCUAUAAAUAGUAGUCCAAAAGCAAAAGUGUCAAUUCACAAUUCAGAUACUCAAAAGCCCGAGAUAAGAAUCAGUCUGGAGUCUGAUUCCCAAAGUAAUGAUAUAAUUAAGAAUCGUCAACUGGAAUAUAGUUCACCAAACUAUUAUAACAGAAAUACACAGCCAGGAUUUGCUCAUGUUGAACAAAGAUACCCAAAUUCUCAGUUGUUAAGAUCUAACAACUACCAAUUCGGUUAUAAUCUGACGAACGACGUACAAAAUUUCUGUAGACCCAACGUGUCCGAAGUAACAGCUACUGCAACAACGAACAAAUUCAAAGAUUGUGUUGCUCAUGAAAAUAGAUGCAUGGUUGCUAAUUGUCUUUGUCAGAAUCCAAGCAAGGUAGAUAUGGCAAAUCCUAUGAAUAUCAGAUUACCCCCUACAUACCAAGAAGCAAAUGUGUGGAAAAAUGUAUCCACACGUGAAAAUAGGUACGAUAACAUUUCCAAGCAAUAUGAAGAUGCAAAUAAUGCCUAUAGUAACAUGGAUAAUAUUCUAAGACCGGAUAGCGGUUUUAUAAGUCCUCAGCAAUUAAAUUCCCCCCUGGAGAAUAUGGUUGUCCAAGAUGUACAAAAUACAACUACAACUGCAACUCCAUUGAUAACUCAUGUGACGUCGCUAAAUCCAUCAGCGAUGCAUAUAGCGGAAGGUGCUUGUCAUGUUUGUAGAACCAGUACCAAACAAAAAUGUCUGGGCUGCUACCAAACCUAUUAUUGUAGUUACCAAUGUCAGAAACAAGACUGGAAUCAACACAUGAGCAUAUGCAAAUCAAGAUCAGCAAGUCGACAGUCAACGAAUGUUUUUUUUUAAUAAAAAUAAUUUGCAUUUCGAAUUUUCCUUUGUUAUUGUUUUCUAUUAGUAUUUCUCCAAGGUGUUUUCUCUUCCCUCAACUUUAUCAACGGGGUUAAAAAGGAUUCGUAUAAAAUAUUAAUGUAUAAUACGCAAGAGAGAUAAAAUAUACUGUUCGUACAGAUACUAAAAUGUAACGAUAAAUUUUAUGUAGGUAUUCAAAAUGAUAUUUUCCACAGAAUGGACUAAUAUCUAAAACAUUGACCGGUGUUUGUUAUGAAGUAAACAAUAACUAUAUUGUCAAAAAUUCCACGUGGACCAGUCAGCAGACGUGACUUGAACUCGCACCCUCCAUUAUCCUGGCGGAUGCACUGACCAUUAUGCAACCGCGACUCUGAUGGCCGUGUCGAUUUUUCGCUAGUGUUUCUUAGGCUCCAAGGCAGCGCCAUCUCUUCGCAU